AUGAAUGUGUUAAAUCUUGUUGGUGCUGACCGUUAUUAUACAAAAUUGGCUACUUGUAAUGAACAAAAUUCAUACAACUUUACAACUACAAAAGAUAGUAUAACUUUUAACUACUAUGACUCGAAAUGCGAAACACCAAAUGCAGAUACACCAAAGAUAUCUCAAAGAUAUGAUUAUUGCACCUUCAACAAUGAAGAGAACUACGUUAUAUAUUACUAUGGUAAGAAUUCUAUUGAUACUCCACCCGAUAACGAUAACAGUUUUGGAGUAAUCAUCUCUAUAAUUGCGAUGAUGGUAUUGGCACUUAUUUAA